AUGUUAAAAUUUUCUUCCAAAAUAUUUUUUCUCCUCUAUGUUGUGGAUAUCACAUCGAGUUUCAACAUAAAUUUAGAAAUAAAACGAGAACUGCCAUCAUCUGUUUCAUUAUCAGAAAUUAUUGAAGAAUUCUAUAUAAGAAAUGCUUUAGAUUUAGACAUAAUAACGUGUUCAAAUGACGGUGAAGGUACAAACUCUAUUGUUGAAUUCAUAUUGAGAAAUAUUCAUGGAUCAAUCAGUUAUCGAAUUGAAGAUUGCAAGAAUCUCAAAGAUUCGACUAAAAGAAGAUUUGUGUUGAUUAUCAUGGAUCAUCUUAACACCGACCUUAUGAUCGAAGAAUUGACACCGAAUCGGUUUGAUUACAGUGGAUUUUAUUUGAUUUAUUACAUCGAUAACCAAAGUGACAAUGACAUUCUUCAUUAUUUGUUCAAAAAGUUGUCUGAUUUAUUCAUUUACAAUGUGAACGUCAUUUGUAACGAUUCAAGCGGCAUUCAACUCAGAACAUUUUUCUUCUUCAAUGAGGGAAGUUGCAACUCAACUGAUCCAGUUGUCAUUAACAAAUUCGAGAACAACCGAUGGAUAUCGAAAGAUUUUUUUCCACGGAAAAUGAGAAAUCUGUUUGGGUGCCCAUUGAAAGUUGCCACGUUCAUUUAUGAACCUGCAGUGAUCAUGCAAGGAUCUUACGAUGACAACAAUUACACUCUUGUGGGAAGUGAAGUAGAAAUUCUUAAAGAAAUUGCAAACGUUUUGAAUUUUUCAAUUGAAUACAGUUUUGAUCCAUCGCCAGGUGCAUGGGGAUUCAUUAAACCAAAUGGUGAAGCUGUUGGUGUCAUUCCUCCUGGUGCACCAUUCAGUGCAUUUGAGAAGUUGAUUCGGCCUUUUGAUAAAUCAGUUUGGAUAUGUUUGAUGAUAAUUCUCUCACUUGGUUUCUUCAUUGUCAUUGCUGUAGCGCUGAAAUCUCGAUCCUUAAUGAGAAGAAUUAUCAUAGGAAAGGAAGUAAAGAUGCCGGCAAUGAACAUAAUUGUGGCACUUGUUGGAGGAUCACAACAUAUUUUACCGAAGAGAUCAACACCGAGAAUGCUUUUGAUGUCAUUUUUGCUUUUUUGUUUAGUCAUUCGAACUCUUUACACAACUGCACUUUUUAAAUUUCUUCAAUCAGACAGUCGUAAAUCUCCAGUAUCUUCAAUCGAUGAACUGAUUGCGAAAAAUUUCACUGUUUACCACUAUGCAUCAAUGGAAGAGACUUUGAGACAUUUGAAUAUUAAAAAAUUACUUCAGCUUGUGAAUGUCACCGAAUUUUCUUCUUAUCAAGAGAGAACUUUUGAUCCGGAAUUUAAAGGAGCUGUUGUAUCUUUGAUGGAUCAAAUACUUUAUUUAAAUAAGAAAAACUAUAAAAAAAAUUACUUUCGAGUGUUGAACGAGGUCGUUUAUACAUCAUUAUCAUCUUGGGUUUUCCCAAAGAAUUCUUUUCUCGUAGAAAUGUUUGAUGAAAACAUACAAAAGUUUAGAGAAAAUGGAUUAUUAUACUACAUGACUAAUGAUUUCAUAGAUCUUCGCUAUCUUAACAUUAAGGAACCGAAACAAGGGCCUAGAAAAUUGAAUCUUGAACGACUUCUUGGUGGGUUUCAAUUAUGGUUUCUGGGAAUUUCGAUUGCGUUUUUGAUCUUUCUACUUGAAGCGUUGUGUGGAUAUUCAAAAACAUUUUUAAAGGAACGCAAAAAUCAAUUAUAUGUUUCUCAUUUGGCAAAAGAACGAUAA